AAUCCAGUCCAGGCUUUACAGUUGUAUUUUUACAUUUCAUUAUGCAAUCCAUACCAGGCUUUACAGUAGUCAUCUCACAGUUUGUUACACAAUCCAGUCCAGGCUUUACCGUAAACAUUUUACCGUUUCGUAAUGGAAUCAAUCCAGGUUUUACAGUUGUAUUCUUACAUUUCGUUAUGCAAUCCAUUCCAGGCUUUUCAGUAAUCAUUUGAGUUAAAAUCCAGUCCAGGCUUUACAGUAUUAGUAUUACAUUUCGUUAUCAAAUCCAGUCCAGGCUUUACAAUGGUAGUAUUACAGUUUAUGAAAUCCAGCACAGGCUUUUCAAUAGUAUUCUUACAGUUCGUUAUGAAAUCCAGUCCAUGCUUUACAACAGUAUUCUUACAGUGUAUGAAAUUCAGUCCAGGCUCUACAGUAGUAUUCCUAUAGUUAGUUGCGUAAUCCAGUCCAGACUUUACAGUAUUCAUUUCACAUUUCGUAAUGUAAUCCAGUCCAGGCUUUACAGCAUCCUUUGAGUCAUUCUUACUGCAAGGAGGAGCGUCGAGCGCGCAGCAUCCGUCUCAACUGCGUUCAAAUCCAACCGUACACAGCACUUUGACUGACUUACAUCACUUAAUACAACCUAACAUUGACAACGAUUGUUUCUAUAGCUAUGAUUACCAAUAGGAACUGACUGCUGACCUAGCGGAAAUAUAUACAAGAUUUAACCGCGGUUACGGCAUCGGUAAUUCAGAGCAUCGGGUUUCUACGCCAAGAGAUGAUCCGAGCAGCAAACCGCCGGUAAACGUGAUCAAGGAUUCACUUGACAUGCUGCGCUUUAUUGGAACAACACGAGUCUGUAAAUAAAAUAGGAAGAAAAAUCAAGAGUGAGAGAGGAGGCCGAGAGUCGUCAUUAUCAUGUCUCGCCAUCAAAGCCGAACCACCAGCCUGGAAGAGAAGACUGUCACGCCCAUUCACAAGAGCUCCACCUCCUCAUACAAGAGCUCCACCCCUACUCACAAGAGCGCAUCCUCGUCCUCUUCCUCUCAGAGAGACAGUCGACAGGAGACAGAUAGCUGGGAAAUCAUAGAGGGAUUGAAGAUUGGACAGACUCAUGUUCAGAGACCUGACAAACAUGAAGGGUUUAUGUUAAAGAAGAGAAAAUGGCCUCUGAAGGGUUGGCACAAGCGUUUUUUUGUUCUGGAGAAUGGGAUCCUGAAAUACUCCAAAUCUCCUGUAGAUAUUCAAAAAGGAAAGCUUCAUGGCAGUAUAGAUGUGGGACUGUCUGUGAUGUCCGUCAAGAAAAGAGCUCGACGUAUUGAUCUGGACACAGAAGAACACAUCUACCAUCUGAAGGUGAAAUCUCCAGAUGCUUUUGACAACUGGGUAUGCAAGCUGCGUAAUCAUCGUUUGUUUCGUCAGAACGAGAUUGUCCGUUCUCCUCGCGAUGCUACGUUACGAACCUUCCCUCCGUCUGCCAGCGCAGAGACGACUCCAUCCGGCACACACCAAAGCAAGGUUAAACCCAGCAGUCUGUCCUGGCAGUUACCUCCGUCUUGUAGUAAUGGACAGAGUAAAGUAGCCGCAUGGUUACAGGAGUCUGAAGAGAUGGACAAGUGUGCAGAAGAACUCGCCCACUGCCAGUCUAGUCUUCUAGAAUUAAGUCAACUGCUGAAAAGUCUGGAGAUCUUACAAAGGACACAGUCAGCACCAAACUUCACUGACAUGCAGAGUAACUGUGUAGAUUUGAGAAAGAAAGAGAAGCGAGGCAGCCGAAGAUGGAGGACUAAAAGUGUCAGCAAAGAUGCAAAAUUGCAACUGCAGGUUCCCUUGAGUGCAAGUAUGUCUCAAGUGCGUCUCCACUCCUCUAACCCUAACCUGUGUGCAGAGCUGUCUGACUUUCAGACCCCUGUCACGCGUCUGACUAGCAGUAUGGAUGGCGCCAGUGACUACAUCAAACUGCAGGGGGAUUUCUGUGUCAUUGCUCAGAAAGUGCACUCCCUGCUGAAGUCUGCUUUCAACACUGUAGCCAUAGAGAAGGAGAAGAUCAAGCAGGUGUUGUCAGAACAGGAGCAGACUGGCCAGACGUCUCAAAUUAUGACCCUUCGCCACUCUCUGUCACAGGCCCUGUCUCAGAAUGUUGAACUGAAGACCCGUCUGAACAGGAUCCAUUCAGAGUCGGUUCUGUCGGAGCAGGUUGUGAGUGUGAACAUCAUCAGCAGUCCUGACGAGGCAGGUGAGUCUCUUCAUGUGGGCGUCCCUCUGUCUCAGCAGAUGUCCAAUGAAAGCAGAUUAUCCAUGUCCGAGUCUGUGUCCGAGUUCUUUGACGCUCAGGAGGUUCUUCUGUCAGCGAGUUCAUCAGAGAAUGAGGCAUCUGAUGAUGAGUCUUACGUCAGUGAUGUGAGCGAUAACAUUUCAGAGGACAAUGCCAGCGUCAUAGAUAACGUUUCCAGACAGAUGCUGAAUGGAGAUGUGUCCAGUGGUGUGCUCCGAAAUGGGAGACGUACGUGUCUCCCGUCUCCCGCCCCUGACACAUCCAAUCUUAACCUGUGGAACAUCCUGAAGAACAACAUUGGGAAGGACCUGUCGAAGGUUUCCAUGCCUGUCGAACUGAAUGAACCACUUAACACAUUACAGCACAUGUGUGAAGAGCUGGAGUACACAGAACUACUAGACAAAGCAGCUCAGACAGAUGAUCCCUAUGAACGCAUGGUUAUCGUGGCUGCGUUUGCAGUUUCUGGAUAUUCCUCCACCUACUACAGAGCAGGCAGUAAACCCUUCAACCCACUGCUGGGAGAAACAUACGAGUGUGUACGUGAAGACAAGGGCUUCUGCUUCUUCUCUGAACAGGUGAGCCAUCAUCCACCCAUCUCUGCCUGUCACUGUGAAUCACAGAACUUCACCUUCUGGCAGGAUGUCAGGUGGAAAAAUAAGUUUUGGGGGAAGUCUAUGGAGAUCCUUCCUAUUGGAACAGUGAAUGUCAUGUUGCCCAGUUAUGGUGAACACUAUGAAUGGAAUAAGGUGACGACAUGCGUACACAACAUUCUCAGUGGCAGACGUUGGAUUGAACACUAUGGAGAGAUAACCAUCAGAAACACACGCAACCCUGCCUGCAUCUGCAAACUUACCUUUAUUAAGGGAAAUUACUGGAGCUCGAAUGUGAAUGAGGUGCAGGGAUCUGUGAUGGACCAGGAGGGCAAAGUCAUUCACAGACUAUUUGGGAAAUGGCAUGAGGGUCUUUACUGUGGAGUUCCACCUUCAGCCAAGUGCAUCUGGAGACCAGGUGUUAUGCCCACAGAUUAUGAGCUGUAUUAUGGCUUCAGUAGGUUUGCUAUAGAGCUCAAUGAGCUGUUUCCUGAGAUGAAAGAUCUUCUGCCACCAACAGAUGCACGUUUCAGACCAGACCAGAGGUGUCUGGAGGAAGGAAACGUUCAGAUGGCAGGAGCUGAGAAACAGAGAAUUGAAGAACAGCAGAGAAACAGGAGGAAAUGGAUGGAGGAGAACAACAUUAAACACCAGCCACGAUUCUUCAAAAAGGUUACGGACAGUAACCAAAGAGAGAGAUGGGUGUCUAAUAACACAUACUGGGAUCUGCGAAAGGACCCUGGAUUCCUCAAACUAGAAAACCCUGAUCUGUGGUAGGAUCCCAUCACCUGCUCUGAUGAUGCUUACUAUGCAGAACCCAACUGAAGAGGAGAAGCCCUGUGAUCUGCGACUCACUUCAGCAGUCUCCGCCUCCAUCAUCUCCAUAGUAACGCAGAGAGAUGCUGCUGUUGUCAGGGCAACAGUAAGAGCCGUCCACACGAAGCCACUUGCGCUUCCUUAUAUGUCUUUGCCUUAAGAAUUCGCUUCUCGACGACAUGGUUUUAAUGAAACUCAUUCAUUGACUGAAUUACAUCAUCGUGUCUACAGAAUAUUCUGCAUGUGUAGAAGGCAGCUUUCACGGGCAAUAUGUUAUACAAACACAUCAAAACGACAUGUAGACUUUAGUGGUAUUUUUCUAAAUGACCAAAAGGACAUUGCUGCUUUUCAGUUUAAGGCUGAUGAUGAUGAUGAGAUCGGACAAUUUCUUCUUCUUUCAGAUGGGCAGUUGAAUGAAUGUACUGUAUUGCAAUGCUUUUAUAAUUGUGGAAAUCCUCACAUUUUAAAUCCUUCCAAAGAAUCAAACUGAACGAGUUAAUGUGAUAUCGAUCCGCUGAUGUUGAGAGACCAGAGACUGAAGUCGUGGCUUCUCCUGUAUCUCUGUAGCUGCUGUUUAACAUCAGCACUCUUUGACUUAAAGGUGCAAUGAAUCUACCAAUGGCCAGAAAUAAUCAUCAGCUGUACCAGCCCUGUCCCUGUUCAGAUAGUCAUCUGUAGUCCUGCUAUUGCUUAAACCAGAAUUUAAGCCUUAAAUUGAUAUAGAAACCACAUGUUAAAUGAAGAUGUGCAGGUGUGUAAACUCGCUGGAGCCUCUGCUGGCUGAUCAUCGCUACUGCAUCGUCACAAUCUCUCUCUCUACCUGAAAAGGUGUUUGAAAUACAGUACUCGUGUACUGCUUACUGCAUAAUACUUCUAAUACUGUAUAUGCUGUACUUCAGAAUGUGAAAUAUGUGCCAUACGCACAUAUUAGUAUGGAAGACUAAACAUUUCACAUGGUUUCACAUUGUAACUGUGUCUGUAACACAGUUAUUUGACAUUUUCCCCUAAAUA